ACUUCGUACUUUUCUCUGAGUUGUGUCUUUCUCCCAAUUGUUCUGAAUUAGCUUCAUGAUCCAUGGCUUCAAUUGCAACAAGAUUUCUACUCAAUCUCUUCAUUUCAGUUCUCCUCCUCUUCAUUCUCUACUGAUUCGCACCUCUCUUUCAUCACAAUAACCCUUCACCAACUUUUCCAGUCUUUAACGAUCUCCUUGACGCUUUUUCAAUCUUCAAAAUCAGUGAAAAAGAUCUCAGACCUUCUAAUGAAGAUACCGCCAUGUACCUCCUUCCAGCGAAUGCAGAUAGCGUUGUCAAACAUCUUGACCAUAGCACGUGGCCGCUUCGUUAUGAUGAAGAUGUGGCAGCGUUGACCGAGACAAAUUUUAGUGACUUCAUGGCCAAGAAUAAGUAUGUGAUGGUGAUGUUCUAUGCGCCUUGGUGCUACUGGAGCAAGAAACUGGCUCCCGAAUACGCGGCGGCUGCCAACAUGCUCAAGGGUGAGGCUGCGCUUGCAAUGGUGGAUUCUGUUGUAGACAAAGGUUUGGCAAGGAAGAACAAAAUUCACGGUUAUCCCACUAUGUAUCUCUUUGUUAAUGGGAUCAGGCACAAUUCAUAUAAGUUGACAAGAACAAGGGAUGCUAUAACGACUUGGGUGAAAAGGAAGAUGGCCGUUGGUGUUCACAACAUAACAACAAUGGAUGAGGCGAUUUAUACAUUGACUGUUGAAGCGGAAUUGGUUUUGGGAUUCCUUGACUCUUUAGAGGGUCCAGAAAGUGAAGAACUUGCUGCUGUCUCAAAACUGCAUAGUGAUAUUGAAUUCUAUCAAACUGCUAGAGCUGAUGUUGCAGAGUUAUUCCACAUCAACCCAAAUAUCAAACGCCCUGCUUUGAUACUGCUACAAACAGUGUCCAAAAAAUUUGCUAUAUUUAAUGGUCAAUUCACAAGAUUGGCAAUAGUUGAAUUUGUAUCUAAAAUCAAUCAUCCUCCAGUGAUCACUUUCACAACAGAAACUGCAGGACAGAUUUUCCAGAAUCCAAUGAAACAGUUAUGGCUUUUUGCCCCCAAGUAUGGUUCGGAGAAUGUUAUUUCAGCGUUUGAAGAAGCUGCAGUAGCUUUCAGAGAAAAGCUUCUCUUUGUCCAUGUGGAGAUGCACUUGGAAGGAGUUGAGAAUCAUAUUGCUCAUGAAUUUGGCAUUACCGGAGAUUUUCCAAGAAUUAUAGCUUACACAAAACAUGAUGCCGAGAAGCCUGAAUUGAAUGGUGAAAUGACCAUAAGCAGUAUUAAGUCCUUUGGGGAGGAUUUUCUUGAAGGCAAGCUUUUGAGCCAGACGGUUCAUAUUUCAGAGCCAGUUCUUAAACUUCCAUCGUUUGGUGCCUCCUCUCAACUUGGCUUUCCACAUGUCUAUUAGCUCAAAUGACUAGGAAAUGUUCCUUGUGUACUAACAUUUUACUCAUGAAUAAAUCUAUUAUACAUCAAAUGUGUGAGUUCCCGGAUGAUUAUAUAUGUAUCUGAAACUGAUAAAUUUGCAAGAGUAGCUUAAAUGUGCCAUUUGUAUAAAAGUGUUCACAAUUGUAUGAUUGUAUCUCAAUCUCCUCGGUUA